UUCCGUUGUACACAAAACAUCCUGGAAGUGCCCCAACGAUAAACAGUUCACAGAAUAUUGGAAUUUUCAAAAUGUCGGCCAUUAGAAUGAAUGAAACAAAUACAAUUGUCGAUCGGAUGGUCAACUUUCUGGUGGAGCAUGAGGAUAUGCGCACAAAGAGUUGGUUCCUCUCGAACGCGCCCGGUCCACUAGUUAUGAUAUUGGCUGGCUAUUUGUAUUUUUGCUUGUAUGCGGGUCCGCGUUACAUGCGCGAUCGUAAACCAUUCGAGCUGAAGAAUACGCUGUUGGUGUACAAUGCGGUGCAAGUGAUAUUCAGUUGGGUGCUCUUCUAUGAGGGUUACAAGGGUGGCUGGGGUGGCCACUACAAUUUCCGUUGCCAACCUGUGAACUACGCGACAGAUCCCAUUUCUAUGCGGGUAGGCAAUAUUAAAUUUUUUUUUGUUAUAAACAAAACAGCGCAGAUAUUAAUAUAUAUUUUUUUAACUUGCAGAUACCACCACACCCUGAUGCCUGUUUGCGCCUUCAUCGGAGUUAAAUAUUUUGCCGGUGGUCACGGCACGCUGCUCGGCUUCAUUAAUUCCUUCAUUCACAUCAUUAUGUACGCCUAUUACCUGCUCUCUGCCAUGGGCCCCAAAGUACAAAAGUAUUUGUGGUGGAAGAAGUACAUUACCAUUUUGCAAAUUAUCCAAUUCCUCAUAAUUUUCGUGCACACUCUCCAAAUUCAAUUCCAGCCAAAUUGUAAUUUCUCAAAACCGAUUGCUGCCCUGCUCACCUUCAAUGCCGGCCUAUUCACCUACAUGUUUAGCUCCUUCUACAUUAAGAAUUACAAUAAGGAGGCUGCUGCGGUGAAGGCCAAGACUGAAGCGGCUGUUAAACAGGAUUGAGAUGCUGCUACUCUCGACCUCUUUUUGCCAUUCUACAUUCGACUCUUUACUGCUUAGCACCUUUCUGUGCGCUGUUAAUUUAAAUAUGAGUGCAAUUAAAUGCUCAUAAAAUUGCGAACAAACGAAGCCACCACUCCUUAGAGAAGUCCUUUUUAUAUUAUUAUUGGGCGCACCUCAAUCGCUGGUAAAUAUGUAUGUAAAUGUUUUGCUACUUGGCGUGCUGGCGGCAUUUGAGGAACAGAUGCAAUAUAAUUUAGCUAUAAAAUUCUUGUGAAAAUUAAUUUAAAGGAAAUAUUGGGGGGUAGUUAGUUAGGGGAUAAUAGCCAGUGGGUUGGAAGAUUCAUACUUGUACGCUUGUACAUAAGUACAUAUUUAGUUAAUAGUAAAUUAAUUUUAAUUUUAAUUAUAAGUAUGAAAUCUAAUUUCAAUUGUGUCUUAAAACAAUGUAGGUAAUUAGUAAAACAUAUACAAGUUAUAUUGUACAUACAAGAAAAUUAUAAAACGAUCAUUGCGCUUUUUUUUGCCCAUAAGCCAAUUUUCUCUUUCUAGUUCGAAACCAAGUGCCGAUCGAAUCGAAUAAUUUGAAAAGUGCAAUUGUACCAAAUAUUAUGUUUUAGUUUAACUAUUAUUUAAUAUUUAAUGAUUAUCGCUUGCUUUCUAUUUCUUCCUAAUAAUACACACGCAACACAUAAAAAAAAAAAUUAUUUUUGGAUUAUUCCAAAAAUUUAGUGUAUGUAUGUGUGAAGAGUAAAAAAAUAUAUAUUAUAAGACCAUGCAUACUUAGCUACAGCUUUUUUAGUAGACUAUGUAGAUGUUUAUAAUAAAACUUAAUUUUUUUACCAUGCUUGUAUAUACGAAGGUACAUUUUUAUUAAAAUCGAAUAAA